UAAAUGUUUUUUCAUUUUUUUUUAAUUUUCUUGUACUAGAAUUAUAAAAGAAAACCCGUUGCAUACAGGCCGAGAGAAGGAAGAUCAGUAGGCACUUUUGCACUCUCCCCCCCUCUCUACUCACGGUCUCUGUCUGUGCACGUUUUCUCUUCCCAUCAUUUCAUCGGAACUGAACAUAUACGAUCCAACAGCUCGGCUUUGGGGAGAGAAGUACACUUCCGUACACGCCCACAUAUACAUAGCAGUGAGAGCUUCAUACGGCUUUGCGCCCGCAGGCUUCUACUUCUUCCUUCUUCUCAUGCUGAUUCUCACAGUGACUCACUAAACAGGAUGCGCAUCUCCGACCUGUAAUCAAGAGGUUCUGCACAUCAAAUCCGGGCUACAACUGUUUUCACAUUAGUGUCGUCCAAAAGACCCAAGAGCUAUUCGACCUCCGCCAAAACUAAGCCUUACUAGAAUCGGGAUGGGGGUACCGGAGCCUGAUCAAAUGACUCCGCAAGGUGAAGCCGCGGUGACAGUAGAAUCCCACAGUAUCCGGGAGCCGGACCACCAGUCCUCCAAGGUUCACCCAUUCUCAUCCCUUGGGAGGCAGUCCUCCAUCUACUCCCUCACCCUCGAUGAGUUCCAGCAUGCGCUGUGCGAGAGCGGGAAGCACUUUGGGUCCAUGAACAUGGACGAGUUCCUCUCCAGCAUAUGGACUGCAGAAGAGAACCAGCAAGCCAUCAACAGCAGCGGCAGCGGUCGGGACCACAACAACAAUGGCAAUGGCGUGGACCACCACCGGCACGUCUCUGGCGAGGUGUCCAGCGGUGAGGGCAUCGCGAAGCCGCACAGCCUCUCUCGCCAGGCCUCGCUGAGCCUGCCUGCUCCACUCUGCAGGAAGACGGUUGAUGAGGUGUGGUCAGAGAUCCAUAAGAGUCAACAGGGCAACAAGCAGGCGAGCAAUGUUAAUCCUGAGUCGGCCCCUCGCCAGCCGACCUUCGGGGAGAUGACCCUGGAGGAUUUUCUGAUCAAGGCAGGGGUGGUUCGGGAACAGUAUUCGCCUCCUGCGCCACCUCAACAGCAGCAGCAGUACGGAGUUUUCCAAAACAGCAACUCGGCUGUUGGGCCGAGCUUCGUCUCCCGGCCUAUGAUGGGGACAGGCUGCCUUGGGGGCGGGCCCAGUGUGGCCUACCCGGCGAUGCCUCAGGGGGGUGGCAUGAUGGGGGAGACCUCAGGAUAUGCCAAUGGGAAGAGGGAUGGUGGCUACAGGCCUGCGCCGCCACCAGUUUGCUAUGCUCCGAGGGUGGGGAAUGGCAGUGGUGGAGGUGGCAAUGGGUUUGGACCGGCGCAGCCGAUGGGGAUGGGCGCGCCUGUAAGCCCAGUUUCUUCGGAUGGGAUAGGGACGGGGUCCGCGGAUAUGGGACUUGACAUGGGAGGGAUGAGAUCGAGGAAGAGGAUUAUGGAUGGCCCAGUGGACAAGGUGGUGGAGAGGCGGCAGCGGAGGAUGAUAAAGAACCGAGAAUCAGCCGCAAGGUCAAGAGCUCGAAAACAGGCCUAUACUGUUGAAUUGGAAGCGGAGCUAAAUCAGCUGAAAGAAGAGAACGCACACCUGAAACAGGAGCUGGCAGAGCUCGAGAGAAAACGAAAACAGCAGUACUUUGAGGAGGUGAGGUUGAAGACUCAGAACAAGGCGAACAGGGCGAGAGAGAGGUUGAGGAUGAUGCGCAGGAAUUUGAGUUGUCCUCUGUGAAGUUUAGGAAUGAAUCGACGUGUCCUCGAGUUUUGUCCAUUGAAAUGCUUCCCUGGGACGAAAAGUGCUAACUCAAAUAUAAGCUGUUCGUAUGGCAAAAUCUGCCGAAUCUAGAAAGAAUGUCAAAUCUCAGACAUGCAGUAGGAUAGUUUUCUUUUGAUUUUCUCGAGUCUUGGAUUGAAGCCUGUUGGAUGUUCUUAUACCUUUGGGUCGUUAUAUGUUGCAUCUUGCCAGUUACAAUCGUCGGAAACUUGAUUAUACAUAAUUUCAUGGAUAUUGAACUGC